GGAUAUUUACAUUUGCAGUCAAUCUUUAACGGAUUUGUUUUAGUCUGUCUUUCAUUAGUGAUCGCAAGGCUGCAGUUAUUAAAGCUCCCGUCUGUGUCCCAAAAUGGAGCUGGCCCAUGUUGUCAUUCUCCUGGGUAUAUUUAACAGUUUUAUUACUCUUUCCCUCUGUGAAAGUGAAUGCAGCCCACCUCAACACAUUGAAAAUGCUGAUCCUAUACUUCGAACCAGGAUGGAUUCUUAUCCCCACCGUACUGAGAUAACAUACCGCUGUGAUCCAGGAUAUGUGGGCUUCCUACGGUAUUGGUGUAAACAAGGAGUAUGGAGGAAAGCAGAAUCAAGUACUGAAUGUAGAUUGAAGUCUUGUGGAAGUCCUGGAGAUAUUUUACAUGGAUCUUUCCAACUGGUGCGAGGUACUGAUCUGGUCUUUGGUUCACGCAUUGAAUACAAGUGUAAUGAAGGAUAUCAGCUGGUGGGCACGCGAAAUUACAGCAUCUGUGAAGUCUCCGGCUGGAGUGGUCUGGUUCGUCAUUGUGAAGUGAAUAAAUGCCCCCCUGUGAGAAAACCUGAAAAUGGAAAGAUUGCAGGGUUCGAUGUGCUUGACCUGAACCAGGAUUACCCUUAUGGCACCAUCUUGAAUUUUGAGUGCAACACUCCUGACCUGAUAAUUGAUGGUGCCAAAGAAAUUUAUUGCAUGAAAAACAAAACCUGGAGUCAAACAGUGCCAAAAUGCAUAGAAUUGCGAUGUAACAAACCAGAUUUAGAAAAUGGGGAAGUGCAAACCACCAAGGAGUCUUUCAAAUCUUUGGAGCGAUUGCACUACAGGUGCAAUUAUGGUUAUAAAUCUGGAGGUGAACUAGUCACGACAUGCACCCAAUUCGGAUGGAGUCCAGUACCAUCAUGUACACCAAUACUCUGCAGGAAAGUAACAAUAGAACAUGGUCAAUUUGAUGGGACAAACCGGAUGUAUCCUAAUCUGGAGACAGUGAAAUACACAUGUAAUGAAAAUUACGUACACAGAGGAGUUGAUACAAUUAGCUGUACAGCUCAAGGUUGGCAACCAAACCCAAGCUGUACCGAAAUCUCUUGUCCCCGACCACACAGAGAUCCACAACUUAACCCAAAUAAAUGGAGAUACAAGCUUCAAGAAGAGGUUGUUUACAGAUGCAUAAAUCAAGGAUGGUCUCAGAGGUCAAGAUGUACAAGAAAUGGUUGGCAUCCUGCCAUAAUAUGCAGAAGUGAUCCAUGUCAACGUCCAGAAAUCAACAACGCUGUACCCUCCAGAAAACAUCGAUUCCAGAAUGGAGAAACAUUACAGGUUCGCUGUUCUCGUGGGUAUAAAUUGCAAGGAGAUGCAGGAAUUAAGUGCACGGAUGGAGAAUGGCAAAUCGAACGAUCUUUCCCAGCCUGUAUUGAACCCGGAUGUGUUAAACCGCCAACAAUAGAAAAUGGGGAUUUUCGUCCUAAAAAAGCAAGAUAUGAUCAGGAUGAAGUGGUGGGUUACACUUGCGUUGAAGGAUAUUAUCGUUUCGGAGAAAGUUCCUUGCGAUGUGGUUCCAUUGGAUGGCCAGACCCACCAAAGUGCAUCGAUAUGCAAAGUGCAUGCAUGGAUCCAUAUCCAUUGGUAGAACAUGGAUUUAUCAUCACUGAGACCAGCUACAAAUUAAACUAUGAAUGUCAUGCUGGAUAUAAUAUGGAAGGAUCAGAAGUGGUAAUAUGCACUGAUGGGAAGUGGUCACAACCACCAACUUGCAGUGCUCCUCCAGAUCCAAAACAAGGGUGUAAAGAAAUGCCACCUCCAUUAAAGGAUGGAGACUUUCUGGGAUUUGAUUUUCCACCAUUUCGUCCUGGUCAGAAUGUAACAUAUCAGUGUCAGGAUUACUACAUCUUGGAUGGAAAUAAACAUGUUACCUGUUCUGGUGGGAAAUGGUCAAAAUCUCCACGUUGCCUUGAACCUUGUAUAUUGACACAAGAAGAUUUUGACAAGAAUUCGUUAACCUUGAAGUGGAAGAUUCAGAAGAGAAUAGAUGUGAAACAUGGCGAUGUCUUAGAAUUCAAGUGCCCUCGGGGUUUGCAAAUGGAACCUCCUGGAAAACAAUUUUGCAAGAAUGGAAAAAUGGAAAUUCCCAAAUGUAUCAAUCAUCAAACGGCAAGGUGCGAAACUUUAGACUCUUUCAACUGCCCAACAUGUACAAACAGUAACAUUUGUUUUCAAUAUGAUACUGAACACAUAACAAUGACAAGACCAGAUCAGAGCUCGGUGAUAUUUGUGGCUUCAACAAAGGUCGAUGCUUCAUUCACGGUGAAGGUGGACAGUUUACAAAAUAAAAACACUUUUGGGUUCUCUAUAAAAGAAUCGACAAAUGCAAGAAUGAAUAUAAGAUUUGGCACAAAUCCAGAAGGUAUAAAAUACGAACAACUUGUA